AUGAUACCUGGAGGCUUGACUGAGGCCAAACCUGCCACUGAAGAAAUCCAGGAGAUUGCUAAUGAGGUUAAACCACAGCUUGAAGAAAAAACAAAUGAGACUUAUGAACAAUUCGAAGCUGUAGAGUACAAAACUCAAGUAGUGGCUGGAAUAAAUUACUACAUUAAGGUGCGAGUAGGUGAUGAUACUUAUAUGCACUUGAAAGUAUUCAAAGGUCUUCCUGGACAAAAUGAGAAGUUGGUACUUACUGGUUACCAGACUAACAAAAGCAAGGAUGACGAACUGACUGGCUUUUAG